AUGAUACAAAGACCAGCUCUUGUAUGGGAUGAACACUUGUUGUGGGAGAUUAUGUUGGCUUGUAUAAUUCUUCAUAAUAUGAUUGUUGAGGAUGAGCGAGAUACAUACCAUAAUUAUCAUGACAUGUCGAAAUUUGAGCAAGAAAACAGGACAGCGAUUUUCGGAUCAACUCGUACAAAUUAUUCUGUGCAACCUGGUCGAUUUAAUGGUGUUGGACUGGACCAAUAUAUGGAAAGGAGAGCUGACACAUGGGAUAGAAAUGUUCACAAUGCCUUACAAAGAGACAUGGCUCAACAUAUUUGGCAAAAUUGUGGCUCGUCUACCGAUGACGACUGA